CGUAGUCUUAGCCCAUAGCAAUUUUUUCUUUUUAAAUGACGGGAAAUCUUUUCACAUUCCACAGCUCCUGCCUCUUUCUAAUAUUUGUAUCCGAAGUGAUGAAAAACAAAUACUACGUAGUAAUAAUCUGCUCUUUCUUCUUCUAGCCCGAGAAGGGCAGAUUUUGAUAUGUUCAAACCAGGUUACGUUGUCUUUCCUUUAGAAAUGGAUGCUAAAUACAGUCAUUUGUUUUCAUGAUUUGUUCAUAAGCGAAUACACUACAAUGUUCCUUCUCUUAUUCGGACAUGCUUUAGUAUAAGUUUUUAUUGGCAUUUUUCAUGUGCAGUAAACUGAAAUUUUAUUCUUUAGCACUUCUUUUCUGAUCUCUGAUGUUCAAUACUGCAUAAGAAGACAUUUUAGUGGAUUAAAUAGAUAAAAUUUCUGAAUUUAAAGAAGAUGCAGUUUGAUGCAUAGGGGCAUUUACACAGGGUCUUAUACGAGCAUCAUUUGAUUUGGAAACAUAAAUGAAGCAGAAGGUGCGUUCUUGGAGCAGAGAGCGGAAAGGGUGUGAAGUCUUGUCUGGGCAAGAAAAGAAAAAACUAGAAGAAGAGAAAAUGGGGGAUGGUGGCAGUACCUCGUCACUUGAAUUGGUUUCCAUGGAAGAGAAGGAAGCUGAUGAGAAGAUCUCAUGGCUUGUUGAAGUGCAUAAGAGAGAGAAGAAUGAUGCUUUGCAAAAGAUACUUAAAGUUGUUAAGUAUUUUGAUGCCAAUCAAGAACUUGAAUCGCAAAUUGAGGAUAUUAAAGUAAAACUGGCAUUGAUGAAUCACAUGCGGUACAAGGGUGGUGCAGUUGUGCAAAGAAAAAUAGCAGUGAUAUACAAGCAGCUGUUUAUGGAACACAAUUGUGUACAAUCUAGGAAGAUGCAUCAUUUUCUACAUGACCACUUCCAGAGUGUCUUACACGAACAGGGACGAUGGAACUCAGAACUAGAGAAGAAGAAACACCAACUGGAUUCUUGGAGGAAAGAGCUGAAAAACCUUGAUGUCUUGUCUGAGCAAGUAAAAAGCACAUGUGAAGAGGAAAAUAAUAAGGAGAUUAGUAGUUCAGACAAUCUGAAUUGGUGCCUUAGAGCUAUGUUAUGCUCUGGAGAGAACAAACCAGACUUCACACCCAAGUACAAAGACCUCCUUGAGAUGGCACAGUCGAAAAUCAAUCCUUUCUUUGAACAAGAAGAGAAGCGGGACACAGACAAUUUCUCCGCCAGACACGCCAAUGAUUUUGAGUUGAACUAUAAAAAAAUUGAUGCGUUACAGAAAAAAAUCAAUGAAAAUACAUUUUGUCUAAGUGAAAUGCUUGAGAGGAAGGACGAAAUUCAGCAUGCCAUUUGUGAAGAAUCUAGGAAGAUUCAGUGUGUUGUGCAGGAGCAUGUUCAAAGGGUUGUACAUGAGCAUGAAUGCCUUAAUUUGGAAUUGGAAGACAAGAAGCAGCAUCUGGAUUCUUGGAGCAGAGAGCUGAAUACUCGUGAAAUCAUGUUGAAGCAAGAAGAGCAAAAACUCAAAGAGGAGAAGAAAAAGCAAAAUAUGAAGCAUAUGGGAGGCAAGAAUGAUGGAGAUGCACAGGAAAAACAAGUAGACAAGAAAAAAGAAAAAGUGGAGGAGAAUAAAAAGAGAAAUCGAGGUAUGAUGGAAAAUGAUUUAGAUGACAAACUCAGACUUGAAAUGGAGAUGGAAAUCAAAGAUCUUAAGGAGAAACUCAAGGACAUGACUGGUCAACUUCAAAUGAAAAUGGAAGAAAUGGAGGAGUUAGAUGUCCUGAAUAGUACUCUCAUUUCAAGGGAACGUCAGUGUAAUGAUGAGUUGCAAGGUACUCGUAAAGCACUGAUUCAGGGAUUCAGAGAUGUACUGACUAAUGGUCGUUCUCAUAUUGGGAUAAAACGAAUGGGAGAAAUAGAUUCAAAAGCCUUCCAGAACACAUGCAAGCAAAAGUUUUCAAGCAAUGAAGCCAAUAUGAAAGCCGUAGAACUAUGUUCUUUAUGGCAGGAUAAAGUGAAAAACCCUCAUUGGCACCCAUUCAAAAUAAUCAAAAUUGAUGAAAAUUCUUCAAAGGAAAUGAUAAAUGAGGAAGAUGAAGAACUAUGCACACUCAAGGAAGAAUGGGGAGAUGAAAUAUAUGCUGUAGUUACUAAAGCUGUAGAAGAGAUCAAUGCAUAUAAUUCUAGUGGAAGUUAUGAGGUCCCUGAGUUAUGGAACUUCAAAGAAGGAAGGAAGGCCCCACUGGAGGAAGUCGUUAGCUUCAUCUUCAAACAAUUGAAAACUCAUAAGCGGAAGAGGACAUGAAUGGGUGUGUAUUACAGUAUCAAUAGCGCAUUUUCUUUCUCAGCCCUCCGCAGGCCUGAUUAGUUUUUAUUGUCUUGAAAGUACUUUGUCACCCUUUUUGAUGAUGAGGUGGAAGUGUUGUGUAGGUUUUAAUGUCAUACUCCGUAUUAGACUAUUAGUUAGUGGUGUACUCUUGAUCUUUGAUAGAAUGCCAUGCCUUUCUUAUCUUCUUUAGCACAAUUAUAUUAGGAAAAUAACCGUUAUUCCUUUC